CUUGCUCUGCUUCAUGCAUGGCUUCUCUUCCUCUUUCCACCUCUCCAAACCCACAACUUUCUCUCUCCAAACUCUCUAAACCCACAGACCCACACAAAUUGACUCAAACCCAUGUCGCAAAAUUUCAACAGAAUGCGAAGAAGCAUCAAAUUUUGGACCAAUCUUACUUCCACCAUAUGUCCUCUCUGUGCAAACAAGGCCAAAUUCAGGAAGCCGUGGACUUAGUUACCGAAAUGGAAUUUGAAAAUCUCGAAAUUGGGGCUGAAAUAUACGGUGAGCUUCUUCAAGGGUGUGUCUAUGAGCGAGCUCUGUCCACGGGUCAGCAAAUCCACGCUCGGAUUAUCAAGAACGGCGAAUGUUUCGCAAGAAACGAGUAUAUUGAAACAAAGCUAUUAAUUUUAUAUGCGAAAUGUAAUGUUUAUGAUGUUGCCUAUAGCUUAUUUCGGACGGUAGGCAUAAAGAACGUGUUUUCUUGGGCUGCCAUUAUUGGACUAAACUGUAGAAUGGGUUUUCAUGAAGAAGCUUUGUUUGGAUUUUGUGAAAUGCUGGAAAGUGGAUUUUUACCUGAUAACUUCGUCGUUCCAAAUGCAUUGAAGGCUUGCGGUUCCCUGCAGUGUAUCAAGUUCGGUAAAGGUGUUCAUGGGUAUGUUGUCAAGAUGGGUUUUGGCGGAUGCGUCUUCGUCGCAAGUAGCCUUGUGGAUAUGUAUGGGAAAUGUGGCGUUUUGGAGGAUGCAAAGAAGGUGUUCGAUAGUAUGCUUGAUAAGAACGUAGUCACUUGGAAUUCCGUGAUGGUUGGUUAUGUACGAAAUGGUCUAAAUGAGGAAGCAAUUAAGAUGUUUUAUGAUAUGCGAAUUGAAGGCAUUGAGCCCACUCAAGUUACCAUUUCGAGCUUUCUUUCAGCGUCAGCUAAUAUGGGUGCAAUAGAAGAGGGCAAACAAGGGCAUGCAUUAGUAAUUGUAGGUGGGUUAGAAUUGAGUACCAUCUUGGGUAGUUCUAUUAUAAACUUUUAUUCCAAGGUUGGUUUGAUGGAGGAAGCUGAAUUAGUUUUCAGUAGGAUGAUUGAGAAAGAUGCGGUCACAUGGAAUCUGAUCAUAUCUGGUUAUGUGCAAACCGGUGAUAUUGACAGAGCUCUAGAUAUUUGCAGCCAGAUGAGAUUAGAAAACCUGAGAUUUGACUCUGUGAUUCUUGCAACCUUAAUGUCUGCUUCUGCUGAUACAGGUAAUUUGAAACUUGGUAGGGAAGGACAUUGUUAUUGUAUUAGAAAUGGCCUAGAAUCUGACGUUGUUGUUGCAAGUAGCAUAGUAGAUAUGUAUGCAAAAUGUGAGAGACUUGAUUUUGCAAGACGAGUUUUUGACUCCACUGCAAAGAAAGAUCUUGUAUUGUGGAACACAAUGUUGGCUGCAUAUGCAGAGUUGGGUCUCCCUGGUGAGACCCUGAACUUGUUCUAUCGGAUGCAGUUAGAAGGUGUGCCACCAAAUGUGGUAGCUUGGAACUCUGUGAUUGUAGGGUUUCUUAAAAAUGGGCAGGUAAAUGAGGCUAAAGACAUGCUUUUGCAGAUGCAGUCUGUUGGUGUUCAGCCUAACCUGAUCACAUGGACUAGUCUCAUCUCUGGUUUGGCUAAGAAUGGUUUUGGCAAUGAAGCAAUUAUUGCAUUCCAGCACAUGCAAAAGGCUGGGAUUAAACCCAAUGCUGUGAGCAUUGUCUCUUUACUCUCAGCUUGUAUAGAUAUGGCAUUGUUACAGUAUGGAAAAGCCAUUCAUGGGUACUUGACGAGGAAUGUACAUGUCAUAUCAACUCCGCUUGCAACCUCUUUGGUAGAUAUGUAUGCCAAAUGUGGAAAUAUAGAUCAAGCAAAGAAUGUGUUUGAUACUACUAUAAACAAGGAACUUCCUAUCUACAACGCAAUGAUCUCCAGUUAUGCAUUGCAUGGUCAAGCUAUGGAAGCUCUUGCCCUGUAUAGACGUCUACAGAAAGAAGGUUUAGAACCCGAUGCAAUAACCUUCACUAAUACCUUAUAUGCAUGCAGCAAUACUGGGCUGGCAAAUGAAGGUCUGGAGCUAUUUUUUGAUAUGGUAUCCAAACACCAUUUGAGGCCAACGAUGGUGCAUUAUGGUUGUGUGGUGAAUCUACUUUCUCGGUGUGGCAAUUUGGAUGAAGCUUUUAGGCUCAUCAUGGGAAUGCCUUAUGAACCAGAUGCACAUAUUUUGGGAUCAUUGCUUGCUGCCUGUAGGGAACAGAAUGAGAUCGAACUAGAGAAAUAUUUGUCCAAAAGGUUAAUAAAAAUGGAGCCAAACAAUUCGGGAAACUAUGUGGCACUUUCAAAUGCAUAUGCAGCUGCAGGAAGAUGGAAUGAGGUAAAAACUGUGAGACGUUUUAUGAAAGAAAAGGGUCUAAUGAAGAUUCCUGGAUGUAGCUGGAUUCAAAUUGGAGGAGAGCUUCACGUGUUUGUUGCUGGUGACAAAUCACACCCCAAAAUUGAGGAAAUUAGUUAUACAUUGGCUUUAUUGGCAUUGGAAAUGUGUUUUACUCGAAAUUUCCUUACAUCUCAUCUAAUUUCUCUUGAGAAUUCUUGUCCAUAAAAUGUGGUUAAUAAAUUUUUACAUUGACAUCAA